AUGAGGACGCAGAUCCAAAAAGUUCCUCAGAUCGUAGAGUUUCUAAAAAAGAAAUCUGUCGGGCUGCAGCACUUCAAACCAACAUCUUCAGUGUGCGUCCUGGAGGAGAAGGAUGCUGCGGAGGCUGCGCGCUGCCCUCACGCUGCCUCCAGAGCGCACAGCCUGGACGCGAUCCCAGGACCCACCAACUGGCCGCUCGUCGGCAGUCUGGUCCAACUUCUCCGGAAAGGAGGUCUGACUAGACAACACGAGGCACUGGUUGAUUACCAUAAGAAAUUCGGCAAGAUUUUCCGGCUGAAGCUGGGCUCUUUUGAGUCGGUGCACAUUGGCGCCCCUUGCUUGCUGGAGGCGCUCUAUAGGAAGGAGGGAAAUUACCCUCAGAGACUGGAGAUCAAACCCUGGACAGCAUACAGAGACAUGAGAGACGAGGCGUACGGACUCCUCAUUCUGGAAGGGAAAGACUGGCAAAGAGUGAGGAGCGCUUUUCAGCAGAAACUCAUGAAACCGACAGAAGUGGUGAAGCUUGAUCGCAAAAUAAAUGAGGUGUUGGUGGAUUUCGUUGGCAGAAUUGGACAAAUAAACGUCAGUGGAAAGAUCGAAGACUUGUACUUCGAACUGAAUAAAUGGUCUUUUGAGACCAUCUGCCUCAUCCUCUACGACAAGAGAUUUGGUCUUCUGCAGGAGAAAGUCAACGAGGAAGCCAUGAACUUCAUCACCGCUGUGAAAACAAUGAUGAGCACAUUUGGCAUGAUGAUGGUCACACCCGUGGAGCUCCACAAGAGCCUCAACACCAAAACAUGGCAGGACCACACAGCAGCUUGGGACCGCAUUUUCAGCACAGCCAAAGUCUACAUAGACAAGAAGUUGAAGAGGAAUGCCGUCAGAGCUCCUGAUGACUUAAUUGGUGACAUCCUACACCACAGCUGUCUCUCUAAGAAGGAACUGUACGCAGCCAUCACAGAGCUACAGAUCGGAGGAGUUGAAACGACCGCCAACAGUAUGCUGUGGGCUAUUUUCAAUUUGUCACGUAACCCUGGCGCCCAGAGGAAGUUGCUGGAGGAGAUUAGAGAGGUGGUGGCUCCCGACCAGGACCCGUGUGGAGAGCACAUCAAGAGCAUGCCCUACCUCAAGGCCUGCCUCAAGGAGUCUAUGAGGUUAUCGCCAUCAGUCCCGUUCACCAGCAGGACUCUGGACAAAGACACUGUGUUGGGAGAUUAUGCAAUUCCCAAAGGAACAGUUUUAAUGAUAAACAGCCACGCACUGGGCUCCAAUGAGGAGUACUUUGACAAUGGGAAGAAGUUCAAACCUGAGCGCUGGCUGCGGGAGAAUAACACCAUCAACCCCUUUGCCCACGUUCCCUUCGGCAUCGGAAAAAGGAUGUGCAUUGGCCGACGGCUGGCAGAGCUGCAACUCCAGCUGGCCAUGUGCUGGUUGGUCAGAGACUAUGAGAUUGUGGCAACAGAUAAUGAGCCGCUCGACGUGAUCCAUUCAGGACUUUUGGUCCCCAACAGAGAACUUCCUGUUGCCUUUAUCAAGAGAUGAGGCUCCAUAUUCAACUCUUGUGGACAUAGUGACAGAAGACAAUACCUCUGUUGCCAUGGCGCUGAUGGUCCAGUGACUCCCUCUAUUGCUGCUCUGUAAAUAGAAUACAUAAGACAAGCAUUAUUAUAUAUGUAAUCAUUGCCAUAAAUACCUCUAACUUAUUUAAAACUAUUACUUAUGACUGAUGACUAACUAAAAUACCAGGUGUUAUAUAGAAAUUGGAUGUUGUGCCAAGGCAGCUGUGU